GCUGUUCGCUGAUCGCUCGCACUUCCCCCACGUCCCUCACAAUCAGACUGUCAAUCUCCGUGAAUCUUGAGGAAACAGUAACCUCAAAAAAACGUGCCGCAUGAUCUUAAGGUGUUGUGUCCGAUUACUAAUUAGUGUUAAUUCAUUAGCGGAUAAGAAAAGGCCAAACAGGCGAAAAUGAGUGAUGCUGAGCUGCAAGAAGAAGAGCGUGAAGUUUUAGCUUCAAUUUAUGACGGAGAUGCCGCGUUCAAGGAGGUCUCACCGACCACAUAUCAGUACAAGUAUGGAAAGGAAAACGAUCCAAAGUCAUUUAUCCUGGACAUUACAUGGGGCCCGACGUAUCCAACGGACAAACCCGCGAUCAGCAUGGAAACAUUUUACAAUAAACACAUAAUUCAAUCGGUCAAGGAUAAAAUUGUGGCUCACGUAGACUCAGAAGCGGAACAAUGGCUCGGUUGUGCAAUGACCUACACGCUUUUUCAAUCGGUUCAAGAACAUCUUGCAGAUUUGAUCGAAACUCAACCAACUUCACCUAACGAGCUUAUAGACAAAACAGAUAAAUUAAUGAUAUCUGAUGACACUCAACAGACUCAGGAAGAAUCGUCGAAGAAGCCAAAAAAAGAGCAACUGACAAAGGCUCAAAAGCGUCGACAAUGGAACAAGGCAGAUGGGAAAGGUGACAAACCGAGAGGAUGGGAUUGGGUCGACAUUGUUAAGCAUUUGUCCCAGACAGGCUCGAAGCCUGAUCAAGAUUCCUAGUCGUAAGUUUGUUAUGUAAAGAUUUUUUUUCCUUGACUCUCAUUGUACAGAUUGCUGAAUUUGCAUCAGCGAUGGUAUUAUAUUUUUAUAAAUUGUUGUUGCAAGUAAAUACUGUUUCGUGCAAAUAAAAUCAUGGAGAAAUUUUGUCCGUGCUGGAA